UGAUGGGUUCCUUGCUCUGGUGUAACCCGAUUAUUUUUCUCCUCUGGCACUGGUCGCAUUUUCUGACAAAUUCACUCACGUCUUCGCUCAUUUUAUUCCAGAACAUUAAUCUUUUAAUUUUCUCAAGGGUCCUCUUUUCUCCCAGGUGCCCUCCCUGUAAUGGGUCUUCAUGGUAUUCGGCAAGCACCCUUUUCUUUAAUUUCUCCGGAACAAGAACUCUUAAUUCACCUUUUUCUUUCGCAAAGACUAUUCCUUCCCACUCUCUCCAUUUCUCAUUUUCACCGUUUUCGGCUAAAUCUUUCCUUAUUCGUCCUAUAUAUUCAUCCUCGUUUUGGGCUAUCCUCAUGUCCUCCGAAUUAAUUUUCUUUGUAAGUUUUAUCAGGUUAAUUUCCGGCGUGCUUUCUAGGGUUUCAUUUUCAAUAAAUCUGCUUAAAUGGUCGCAAAAAUUGUUUUUAUUUCCCGGUCGAUAAAUUAUAUCCACAUCGUAGGCCAUAAUCGCGAUUUGAUAUUUUGCUAACCUUCCUUCCAAGUCCUUUCUCCGAAAGAGAGACGUCAACGCCGAAUUGUCCGUUAUUACUUUAGACUUUCCAGCACCUUCCAAGUAAGGUCGGAAAUUCUUUAACGACGCCACUAUUGCUAGGGCUUCCAAUUCCACGACGGCGUAUCGCUUUUCAUGCUUAUUCAAUUUUCGGCUAAAGUAUGCCACCGGGUGCCAAUUUUCAUCCUUCCCUUGUUGUAAGAGGCACCCAGCAAUGGCCGUAACGCUCGCAUCCGUCUCAACUGUGAAUGUCCUUCCUAGCUUAGGCGGCGC